UUCCCCAUCCAAUGCUUCCUUAAGUUUGAAGAGGGUUGUAGUUUUUAGCGCCCAGGCCCUCGCCUAUUCGUGUUGUUUGGCAGCUGUCGCUAAUCGAAUUGAGUUUUGCUCGAGUGACGCACAGCAAUUUGUUACGUUUCAUGCGAGAAAAUCUGAGUUAUUGACAAUAUGAAGGCUCUCGUUUGCCUUGUGUUCUUCAUUCUGACUUUCGACGGUUCUCGAGCCUUUGACCACGACUUCAAAUACGGCAAAUUCCCUGAUGGGUUUUUGUGGGGCGCUGCCACUGCUGCAUAUCAAAUAGAGGGCGCCUGGAAUGAAGAUGGAAAAGGACCCAGCAUAUAUGACAUCAUCACCCACACUGUGCCUGCCUUGUUCCACAACAAGACCGGAGACGUGGCUUGCGACAGCUACCACAAGUACAAGGAAGAUGUCGAGAUAUUGAAAGACUACGGAGCCAAAGCGUAUCGCUUUUCUAUUGCAUGGAGUCGUGUGCUUCCCAACGGAACAACUGAUUAUGUAAACAACGCCGGAGUUGAGUAUUAUAAAAGACUCAUUGCAGAACUAAGCCGAAACAAAAUCGAGCCGCUUGUGACUUUGUACCACUGGGAUCUGCCGGAAGUCUUUCGAGCGAUCGGCGGCUGGACCAAUCGAAGCAUGAUUGACUACUUUCACGACUACGCACGAUUUUGCUUCGAGACAUUCGGCGACCAAGUCAAGUACUGGAUCACGCUAAAUGAGCCCGCGAUCGUCAUGUUACGUCAUCCUCUGUACAUGUAUGGCAACAUUAAGAAUAAAACCAAGUUAUCGAUUCUUCGGUAUGGCACAGCUCAUAAUCAAAUUCUUGGCCACGCUACAGUUUAUCGAACCUAUAAGAAGAAUUAUCAAGCACAACAGGGCGGAAAAGUGACACUUUCCUUGAGUUCUGGUUGGGCAGUUCCCAAGACUGACUCUGUCCGAGACAAGAACGCCGCUGACCGUUACAUGCAAUUUCAUCUCGGCAUCUUCGCUCAUCCCAUAUUUGUAAACGGAGAUUACCCGGAUGUCGUUAAAGACAUCGUGGGAAAUCGCAGCGCGGCUGCUGGGAUUCCUAGUCGUCUGCCCAGCUUCACAGAGGAGGAGAAAAACAUCGUAAAAGGAAGCUACGAUUUGUUUGGACUAAACCACUAUUCCACUGAUAAAGUGGCAGACAAACCCAGUGGCGACGAGCUGUCAAUUAACGGCGACGAAUCGUUCACGAAGAGCGGUGAUCCCGCGUGGCCUGACUGGUACAAUGGUCAUGUAGCUCCCUUUGGAUUCCGCAGGCUGCUGAAGUACAUCAAGGAUAACUACAAUAAUCCAACCAUUAUAGUUACUGAGAACGGAGUAGCACCUCCUGGUGAAGCCAGCAAAACCGGCCAAAAUCGGUUGAACGACACUUUCAGAGUGGAUUAUCACAGGAGAUACACCAAUGAGAUGUUAAAAGCGAUCAUUGAUGACGGAGUGAAUAUGAAAGGAUACAUGGCAUGGACACUGAUGGAUAACUUUGAAUGGCAAAAUGCCUACACCACCCCAUACGGCCUGCAUUUCAUCGACUUCGAAAACGACGCGAAUUUGACUCGAGUCCCUAAGAAAUCGGUUGGUUUCUUCAAAAAACUUAUUGCGGAUAAUGGCUUUCCUGAUCCGAAUCCAAAGUCCACCGGAUCAUUUGUGAUAGCGAACAUCGUUUUAACUUUUGUAUUGAUCGUUUUUAAACUGAUCACUGAGGAUUCUCUAUAAAUCCUUACUUUCUUAAAAGCUAUUUACAGGUCAGCUCUUUUAACAAUAUCCACGUACUGCUUAGAAAACAAUAGUUCAUAGUGAUGGUGAGGUGUCAAAACUAGCGGCUGUUAUUUUGAUAGAAGAGUAAGUUCUCAUAACCUUUAACCUCUGCGAGUGACGAACAUCUAAUUUCUGAUUAGGGUAAUAAUGUUGAAUCGUUCAUUAAGAUCGUGAGAUUAAAGGAUACGAUCGCCAACCUGAGAAGCUUUGAUUGUUAAAAAAAAACCCUUGUCAGUACUUAAGGAAUUGUACAAAGAAGGGCUUGAAGAAAAUGGGUACUGAUGUUAGGGUGCAAAGUGUCAAGUGAAAAAUGAUAAUCGCUCAAGGGGAGAAUAUUGCUGCUCAGAUCUCGUGAUUUUUAAAUCAAAGGAGUUAUUGCUUGAUUUUUCAAGCCGUUUGUUAUGAGUAAUUGUUGUUGUAAAUUUACCCAGACUGCUUAGUCAUGCUGACAUGCGUACCCUAAAACUUUUUAGAACAUUUCAAGUCGUGCAGUUAUUACGUAGUACUAAUUAAAUAGUUCUUUUGUAAGCUUCUGGGAUGUUCUAGAACACUUUGUGAAUGUAUAUAAGGACUCAUUUAUGU